UCCAUAAACACAGUGCGGGGUGAUGGAAGCAGCUCUGACCGAUGCUUACAUGCAGCUGACCCUGCGGUGCGGGAUAUUGAGAUCCCUCUGACUGGAAAUCUCUUUAUUUGCACUGUGUUUUGGUUUCUCCCCAUUGGGAAGUUGGAAAUGCCACGAACAACGCCCUCAGAUGCCAGGAGUACAGCUCGGCUGAAGAAGAGAACCGGUAUUCAUCAGAUGACCAAAGGGGUCGCCUUGUCUGCCACGGACUGUUACAUAGUUCACGAAAUCUACAACGGGGAGAACGCCCAGGACCAGUUUGAGUUCGAGCUGGAGCAGGCCUUGGAGGCCCAGUACAAAUACAUCGUGAUCGAGCCCACCCGCAUCGGGGACGAGACGGCCCGUUGGAUCACCGUCGGCAACUGCCUGCACAAAACGGCGGUGCUGGCGGGCACUGCCUGCCUCUUCACCCCCCUGGUCGUGCCCGCUGAUUACUCUCACUACAUCUCUUUGCCCGCCGGCGUGCUGAGCAUAGCCUGCUGCACCCUCUACGGGAUCUCCUGGCAGUUCGACCCGUGCUGCAAAUACCAAGUGGAGUACAACGCCUAUAAACUCUCCCGCCUACCCCUGCAUACGCUCACUUCCUCCACUCCCGUGGUGCUGGUGCGGAAGGACGACCUGCACAGAAAGAGACUGCAUAACACAAUAGCCUUGGCCGCGCUGGUGUACUGUGUAAAGAAGAUCUAUGAACUCUACGCCGUAUGAUCGAGCGGCUGGCGGAAGGCGGGAACCCGCCAAAGACACGGAAACGUAUUCGGGAAGGCUCCCCUCGGCUAACGAUUGAUUUCCUCCCUCUUUUCUCGGUGGGCACCCGGGGGAAGCGGUUCGGUUUACCCCACUCGUUAUUUUUCUUAAGAGAAACGAUA